AUCACUCUUUACACUGUUUUUGAUCAAAAAGAUGUCAAAAAUAUAUAUUAAGUUCUACUCUAGAAAAAUUUUAUUUGUAUGAGCUACACCCUACUUAUACCCUAAAUAUUUUGUUUUUGUAACCUUACCCUGCCCUGCCCUACGAGCUUUGUACCCUAGCCCUGCCCUGCCCUACGAGUUUUGUACCCUAGCUCUACCCUGCCCUGCAGGGCAGGGUAGAGCUAGGGUAGAACAAGGUUGACCUGCAGGACUCUAACAGACAGUUGCUACAAUAGUCUUUUCCUCAGAAAUAUGUUUUCUACGUUUAUUCAACUUUUAUAUCAAUAUUAGCAAUUCAAAUUUUUGUAUUUUUCUUAGAAAACAAGAUCUCACGCAGUUCAUCGCAUCAACGAUGGUGAAUAAAAAAGAUGAAAAUGGCUCUUACAGCAAAAGUAUUACUCUCUCACAUGAAAUGAUCAAGACUCGUGUAAAAUUUUUUCACAAUCUCUCAUUUCGUACACAUUACCAAGAGUACUUACUAAAUGCGCAUAACGUGCGAUGUCAAAUUCAAUUAUUAGAAACACAAGAAAUAUAUCUCACUUUAUCUGGUGAGAAAUUAAAUGUAAAAACCGCUUGUCAAACAAUUCCGAAUUUAUUCGAAUUAACACAUGAAAAAAUUUAUGAUGAUGAAAAUGUUGAUCAACAAAUGAUCUAUUGUUCACAACAGAUUAAAUCAGAUUUAAUUAUUCCUGUCAUACAACAAAUAAUGGAUAAUCACAAUAUAUUUACACUAUGGGAAAAAACUGCGAUGUUUUAUGGUCAUUUUAAAGUUACUUAUCUUACACAUGAAUCCUUUAAAGUUUCUGAAGCUCGUAUUACAGAGAUAUUAAAUAAAGAAAUAUCAUACAUUGAAAAUAUGGCUAUGCCUGAAGAAAAAACUAGAAAUUUGUUGAAGAGUAUUGAUGAAUUUAUUUUUAGUAGACAAAAUCCAGAACUAGUUAUUAUUCGUUGUAAAUAUCCAUAUAAGUUAGAUAUUAAAAUUAGUUUGUUUGGAAGAAAAAAGUUAGUUCGAAAGACUAAAAAACAGCUGCAAUCGAUCGUUUAUAAACAUACCAUAAAAACAUUUCAAUUGAAAAUGACUGCUAAUCAAUAUGAAUAUCUGUUAGAAAAUUGUAUUCAUGAAUUGAAAGAUAUAGAAAACGAAUAUAAAGAUGAUUGUGUCAAGAUACGAAUACGAUUAAAAGAAUUUAGUGCCCCACAAUAUCUAAUCGAUAAUAUUAAACAAAAAAUACGUGAACUUAUGAUUCAAAUAGUUACUUGUCAAUUUCACAAAAUUGGAAAUUCUAUAACAUUAACUGAUGAUAACAAUAAACAAUUGAAUCGCAUCGCUAGACAUAAUUAUUGUCGAAUAGAAAAACUCGAGACAAAAACUGAAAUGAAAGUUUAUUCGAUUCCAAAAGCCUUAUCACCAUCAGUGAAUAUUUCGAAUUCAAUAAUGCUGCAAUCCAAUGAAUUUGUUUCGGCAUUAUCAAUGAGAAAAAUGUCAGUAUUAAAUGGUUCAAUAGAAAUCUAUUUAACAAAUCAAAGUGAUUCUAUACCGAGAGAUGUUACGAUUAUUUCAUCGCCGGCAGGAGCCGCUGAAGAACGUAUUGAAUAUAUGAGUGAUAAUGGCUAUUUUGAAAUGAAAACCGGCAGAAAAUUUCUAUUUCAUCGCUGGUCACCGGUUGUAUCAGAUGAUGAUAGAACCAAUCAAAAAUUGAAAAAAUCAAUUGAAAAAUUCAUAUCUUCAACUUUACAAAGUGUUACAACAUGUUAUAGCAAUCUAGAAAAAAUAGUUUAUUUAACAAAUGAAUGGGAAAAUAUUGGUGCUCAACAACAACAACAACAACAACUAUUAGCUAGUUCUAUAAUCAAUGAAGUUAAACAAGAGAUCGAAACAAGAAAAGUCGAUUGGAGAAUUUUAUUUAUUUUUAAUGAACAACAAACGAAUUUUUAUAAAGAAUUUUGUGACGUUUUAGUUAAAAUGCAGACUGAUAAAGAUGGUUUUGCUCAAUUUUCCUCUCCAGUAUCAGUGAUACAAAUAACACUGGCAGCAUCAUCAAAUCUCAAUCUAAUUAAAUGUGAAAAUGAAAUAACGGAUUAUGUUCAAAAGCACAUAUUAGCAAACAAAACAUUAAGUAAUGAAUUUGAUGUAAGAAAAUGGGAUCAACAUAUGAUAAAUGCUUUUUAUAAAUAUUCUUUAAAUCAAUCAGUAUUACCAAACAUGGAUCUGACUAAUAAUUCGCAAAUUCAAUUAGUUGGUUCAAUGUCCAAUGUUGAAAAAACAAUUGAAAAAUACAAGUUAAUGUCCGAAAUCUUCAAACAAAAAUCAACAUUACAAAUUCCACCACCCGUAGCUGCUAGAACUUCAACUCGUUCAAAACCAAUUGAUCUUAAAGCUUAUAAUAUUUAUUUUAGUUUUUGUCAGCAAGACCAAACUUUAUGUAAUCGUAUAAAUAAUUGUUUAAAGGGCGAAGGUUAUGUUCUAUAUGAAACACCAACAAAUGUAUCGCGAUUUCAAUCCUACAUUGACAAAUCGGAUGUCAUCCUAAUUGCUUUUGACGAAGAGUACCUAGAAAACUCACAUUCUAUAAGUGAACUGAAUUAUACAAAAUCAGCAAGAAAAACAAUAAUUCCAUUUGUAAUUAGAAAUAAUACAAAAGAAAAUUCUUGGCUCAGUUCACUUACAAUUGCAGAAUCAUUCUAUGAUUUAUUCGAUACUGAAAUUGAUAUUGAAUUCAAAGAUGAUUUUGAUCUUGAAUAUGAUAAAUUAUUAACUAAACUGUUGCGUUAUACAAAACCUGGCACUACAGGUAAAACCUAUGCUGAAACUACAGCUUUACCGAAGAUUACAAAAAGUAAUGAUGACUACGAAGAAGCUGCAUUUGGUCAUAGAUCAAUAGCUUUACAAAAAGUGACACCUGAACAACGGCGUGAAAGUGAAACAGCGUAUCAAGAAAAAUUGGCCAAGAAAAUUGAAAAUGAAAAGAUACCAAACGAUGAAAUCAAUUCAUCAGUUGCCGAUUUAACAGUUGUGAUAGAAUAUUUGGAAGAAAUUGUGCGCGAAGGAGUUACAUAUUCUAAACCACAUUCCGAAGAGCAUGAUACAUAUUCAAUAGGUCCUAGAGGGUGGGAAUUAGAUGAAAAUCUAAUAAGUUGCAUGCAACAAUUUUCGAACUCUAUAAGGCGCUGGUUAAAUAAAUCACCGAAUGUAAUUCGAGGAAAUAUUAUACCAUUCACUCCUACUGGCGAUAUAAAUGAUGCUAUUUUCCUAAUUCAUCAAUCACCGAAUGAUCCAUCAUUUGCACAAAACUAUGUACCAUUGGAUCAUUCGCCAAGUGACAAAUACUUUUCGCUAUUUAAUUCCAAUCCAGGUUCAUGCUUUAAUAGUGAACAAUCACAUGAUUAUUUUCAAAAACUCGUUGAAAGUGUUAAAAUAAUAAAGGACAUCGAAGCACGAAUGAUAGAUAAUACAAUAAAGUCCAAGACUGAUAAGCCUGAUGAUAACAACAACAAUAACAGUAAUGAAAAGAACAUUGCAGAUGGAUUUAGAACACCAGAAGAAAUGAGAAAAAUCGAGCAACUUGACAAUCCAAAUCGUAUUUGGAAGAAAACGAAAUUCACAGAAUUUAUUGAACUGAAAAUUAAAAAUAUUCUUGAAUUUAAAGAAUUAUGUGAGAAAUGGAAAUAA